UUUCACAAUCGCAAUAGCAAGAACAUGUCCGCAAGCAACUUCAAAGAUAAGGUAAUAAUUGUAACGGGCGCCAGCUCGGGAAUUGGUGCUGCAGCCGCUACACAUUUGGCCAACUUGGGCGGCCUACUCGUCAUUGUGGGACGCAAUGCGGCGAGACUGAAGGAAACUGCGGACAAAAUUAUUGCUGCUGGAGGAACGGCGCCAUUGCAACUGCAGGUGGACAUGAACAAGGAUGCGGAGGUGGAGCAAAUCGUGUCCGCCACGUUGGCCAAAUACGGUCGCAUCGAUGUUCUGGUAAAUAAUGCCGGCAUUUUGGAGUUGGGUAGCAUAGAGAACACCAGCUUGGAGCAAUACGAUCAUGUGAUGAACACCAAUGUGCGUGCCGUCUAUCAGCUCACAAUGUUGGCCACACCGGAGCUGGUGAAGACCAAGGGCAACAUUGUAAAUAUUUCCAGUGUGAAUGGCAUCCGUUCAUUUCCCGGCGUUCUGGCCUACAAUGUGUCCAAGGCGGCAGUGGAUCAGUUCACUCGCUGUGUUGCCCUUGAACUGGCCCCGAAGGGCGUGCGUGUAAAUGCCGUCAAUCCCGGUGUGAUUAUCACGGAGUUGCAGCGACGGGGCGGUCUUGAUGAGGUGGCAUAUCAGAAUUUCAUGAAGCGUGCCAAGGAGACACAUGCCUUGGGCCGUCCAGGAGAGGUGCAGGAGGUAGCAGCGGCCAUUGCCUUCUUGGCUAGCGAUGCGUCAAGCUUUAUUACCGGCGUCAGCCUUCCCGUUGAUGGCGGUCGGCAUGCAAUGUGCCCACGAUGAGCAACCCGGCUGAAAAAAUGUGGAAGUUUAUAUAUUUUUUAUAUACAAUGCAAAAUAAACGUUGAGUAAUGCGUACACACAUACGUAUACUUACAACCGAUCUUA